AUGACCGCUCGCCGUUGCUCCCCCGCAUUAUUUGUUGAUUUGAAUCAAUCUAUCGCGCCCACGACCUUCAAUGUUCACAACGUUCAAAGUUGCUUUUAUACCGAUACUCGAGCUCCGCAAAUAGUCGCGGAACCAGCGCCAAAUACUAAGAAUAUGAAAGUAAAGAUCAGAACAUGGAAUGCGGUUGCAACUUGGAGGUGGGAUCUUGACGAAGACGACGUCUGUGGUAUUUGUCAGGUACAUUUCGAUGGGACAUGUCCUACGUGCAAAUACCCCGGAGACGAUUGCAGUUUAUUAUCAGGGAAGUGCGGGCACAAUUUCCAUAUGCAUUGUAUAGUAGAAUGGAUCAAACAAGAUUCAUCUAAAGGGCAAUGCCCUAUGUGCAGACAAAAAUUCGAAUGGACCGACAAUACAACUGCGCCGGAGCCAGUACAACCUUCAUGA